ACAGCAGGGAAAAAGAAAGGAAGACACUAUGGCAAUGGCUUCAAAUCAGAAUGUGGAGUUUGUGCGAACAGGCUACGGCAAGAACAUAGUGAAGGUGCUUUUCAUCAGGAGACAGGGGACCCACCAUGACAUCAUUGAGCUGAAGGCUGACGUGGAGCUCACACUCAAUUCACGCAAGGAUUAUCUAACCGGAGACAACUCAGACAUCAUCCCCACCGACACCAUCAAGAACACCGUUCACGCCCUGGCCAAGCUCAAGGGGGUGAAGACCAUUGAGCAGUUUUCCCUGGAUAUCUGUCAUCAUUUCCUGACCUCUUUCAAGCAUGUGCUGCGGGCCAAGGUUUACAUGGAGGAGGCUCCAUGGAGAAAGUUGGAGAAGAACGGGGUAGAACAUGCUCAUGCAUUUAUCUACAGCCCAGAAGCCUAUCGCUUCUGUGAUGCUGAACAGAAUCUUGGCGGAAUCCCAGUACUUCACAGCGGGGUGAAGAACAUGAAGGUGUUGAAAACUACUCAGUCUGGUUUUUCGGGUUUCCACCGAGAUCGCUUCACUACGCUGCAAGACACCUCAGACAGGUGUUUCUGCACCUCUGUCUAUUCUAGGUGGCGCUACAACAAGGUUCAGGAUGUCAACUUUGAUGCUGCAUGGAAAUGUGUUAAGGAGACAAUUAUUGAGAAGUUUGCUGGCCCCUACGAUCGUGGAGAGUACUCACCCUCUGUGCAGAAGACCCUUUAUGAGACACAAGUUCUGGUCCUGGAUAGAAUUCCUGAGGUGGAUGAAAUUGAGAUUGUCAUGCCCAACCAGCAUUACUUCACCAUAGACAUGACAAAAAUGGGCAUCCAUAACAGAGAUGAGGUUCUUCUUCCCCUUGAUAACCCCUCAGGAAACAUCACAGGGACGGUGCGCAGGAAACAGCGAGCCAGGCUGUGA